GGACCAAUAGUAGUGGAGAAUGGGUCGGCGUACGGAAGUUUCCGAGGCAUCAUGUCGUCUUUUUAACGAAUGUUUAAAAAUUUUAGGAAGUUUUAUUCCUCCUCGGAGCUUGGGUAAAUAAAAUAACCUUGUGUAGGGCGUUUGACGUCAAUACGUGUCUUUGUCCUUUCUUCGCGUGUAAAAGUUCUCGGUUAUGUCCAAACCAACGACAUGGACACCCAAAGACAGCGAGCCGAAGCAGCUGCCAAUCUAUCAACACAAGAACAAGCUGACUCAGGCGGUCAGAACCAGCACCUUCCUCAUAGUCACCGGCGAGACUGGAAGCGGGAAAACCACGCAGCUGCCACAGUACCUGCAUCAGGCAGGUUAUUGUAAGGACGGUAAGAUUGGCAUCACCCAGCCUCGCCGUGUGGCUGCCAUCACUGUAGCUCAGAGGGUCGCUCAGGAGAUGAAGUGCACUCUGGGCAGAGAGGUUGGAUACCAAGUGCGGUUUGACGACCGCACAUCCCAGGACACGGUGGUGAAGUACAUGACAGAUGGAUGUUUGCUCCGAGAAGUCUUGGCAGAUCCGUCGCUUUCUCAGUACAGCGUUAUAAUACUGGAUGAAGUCCAUGAACGCAGUCUGAACACGGACAUUCUUCUGGGUUUGUUAAAGAACGUUUUCUCUAGCCCUUCUGAGGCCACUAAGGGACGAUCCUUUCCCCUUAAAGUGGUGGUAAUGUCCGCCACGUUGGAAGCUGACAAACUUUCAGCGUUUUUCAACAACUGUCCGGUCUUUGAAAUUCCUGGUAGGGUCUUCCCGGUGACAUCCACGUUUGGCUCGGCUGUAGGUCCAAAAGAUGUUGAAAGCACCUUUUAUGUCAAAGAGGUGGUGAAAGUGGCCCUGGAUGUGCAUACCAGUGAAAAGGCUGGGGACAUUCUGGUGUUUUUGACAGGCCAGUCAGAGAUCGAGCAUGCCUGCGACUUGUUGUUCGAAAAAGCUGAAAAUAUUGACUAUCGCUAUGAUGUGCAGGACCGGACCGUGGAGGGCCUUCUCAUUUUACCUCUUUAUGGAUCAAUGCCCACUGAUCAGCAGAGACAGAUCUUUCAGGCACCGCCUCCAGGAAUCAGAAAGUGUGUGGUAGCCACAAACAUUGCAGCUACGUCCCUCACCAUCGAUGGUAUUAAGUACAUCGUAGACAGCGGCUUCGUGAAGCAGCUCAAUCACAACUCCAGGGUGGGCAUGGACGUGUUGGAGGUUGUGCCGAUUUCAAAGAGCGAGGCUCAGCAGAGGGCGGGCCGAGCAGGGAGAACUUCAUCUGGGAAGUGCUUUCGCAUCUAUACCAAGGAAUUCUGGGAGAAGUGCAUGCCGGAAUAUACGAUUCCAGAGAUUCAGAGGACAAGUCUGACAGCGGUGAUCCUCACGCUGAAGUGCCUUGGUGUUCAUGAUGUCAUCAGGUUUCCUUAUCUGGACUGUCCAGAGGAAAGGUUUAUUCUUGAAGCACUAAAACAGCUCUUCCAGUUUGAUGCAAUUGACAGGAGAGGCAGAGUAACCAAGCUCGGGGAGCUUAUGGUGGAAUUCCCCCUGCACCCAGGUCUCACCAGGGCUCUGCUUAAAGCUGCCUCACUGGGCUGCCAGGACCUGCUGCUCCCUGUGGCCGCCAUGCUGUCUGUGGAGAACAUCUUCAUCAGGCCAGGUCAACCCGACAAGCAGAAAGAGGCAGCUAAGAAGCACAGAGCACUGGCUGCUAAAACCAGCAGCAUGAACGAUUUUGCCACUCUUCUUAGUGUGUUUAACUCCUGCAAAUCCAGUGACAGGCCUUCAUCCUGGUGCAAGGACAACUGGAUCCACUGGAGGGCGCUGAAGUCAGCCUUUAGUGUGGAGACUCAGCUUAGAGAGAUCCUCCUCCGCCUCCAGCAGAGGAGAGAUUUUCCUGUUGAAACUUUUGACGGGAAUAAAAGUGAACUCUUCAGACAGUGCCUGUGCACAGGAUAUUUCACCAAUGUUGCCAGAAGGUCUGUUGGAAAAGUGUUUUGCACAAUGGAUGGCCAUGGAUCUAUGGUUCACAUCCAUCCGUCGUCAUCAUUGUUUGAGCAGGAGGCCGAGCUGAACUGGGUCAUCUUCCACGACGUGCUGGUGACCUCAAAGAUGUACAUCAGGACGGUUUGUCUCAUUCGCUACGAGUGGGUUAAGGAUUUAUUACCUAAACUCCAUGAAGUGGAUGUGUAUGAGCUGAGCAGUGUGGCAAGACAGGAAGUUACAGAAGACGAGAUGGUGAAAUGGGAGAGCAAGGAAGCAGCCAAAAGACAACAAGAGGCUGCUGAAGAUGUCACGAAGAAGCUGGAGAAGCGGAACAAUGAAGCCACAGUCAGCGAUGCUCGAGCUCGCUACCUGCAAAGGAAGCAACAGAGACAGCAAAGUAAAGCUCUUUGAGAGAAUUUUUUUAGGUGCUAUUUGCAAUUUUUAAUCAAUAUAUUUUUAAUAAAAAAAAAAAAAACAACAA